AUGCGGGUGACGUUUUUCGUCGACCAGGCGUCAUCGGAGUCUGUUGUGUUCACCCGAUACCAAGUGCACGGUGAACUAGUGACGGACCUUCCUCUUGAAGUUAGUUCUACCGCGCUGAUCAACGUGGUGCUGCAACAAGCUGCAAUCAGCCGCCAAGCCCUCAUGCAAACAGGAUCGGUGACAGUGAAUCUACAACUGCAGACACUGAGCGAACUCGUUCUGGAACCCAUACGACGUGGCACCCUCAAAGAGGAAACGCCUGCCGGGAAGACGCUCGUUUGCGACGACGGGCCGGCUUUCCGGAGUCCCAAAUUAUCAAAGUGGGCACAGGAGCACGGCAUAAUGAUAAAGUAUUCUUCUCCAUACCACCCGGCAGCAAAAGGCCUAGCGGAACGUGCCAUACGAGACAUCAAACAGUAUCUGAAGAUGUAUCCAGACUUUGCCGGUGGCUGGAAGUGCUGCCUCGAGGCCGCUGUGAAACAUCACAACAGAUCAUACACCACGGCUUUAGGCUGCAGCCCUCAUUUUGUAACUUGGGGUACAGUGCCCGUACUUCCUGCAGAUCGUGAGCUAGGUCUCCUAGAGAACCUCCAACUCGCCGAAGCAAGGAAAACUGUCAAGAAACAGGAGGUCUACAAGCGCCGCAUGAAGCGAAACUGA